UGACAUCGAACGUAAUAAUGUCAGUUCGACAACUAUUGUCGAAGUUGAUAAUCCAAACAAUUCCCCUUUGCAUACAGAAAAUGAAUUAUCCGAUUCUAACACCAUUAACACCAUUAACACCAUUAACAUCACUAAUAGCGACACCGAAGAUACCAUUAAAUUCGACAAUAACAUUUCCAAACAUUUAUCGAUCUGGAGGAAGAGAUUAAUUCUCUUAAUUGUCUCUAUCGCAGCCAUGAUAUCCCCAAUGGCGGAUACGUAG